UGUGCGCGCUCCAGUCAGGCUUCCGGAGAUCCUCACACGCGGGGAGCAAGCCCCAGGGCUCGAGGGCCUAAGCAGAGAGGUGCAGGAUGUGGAGGGCUGGGAGUCGCGCUUCCUCCCCACAGAAUAUGAAGUGGAAAUUCCCUGGCAGCCGGACGGAUUGCUCCCUGGGGCUCCUCCUGCUUUGUGCACUCCUUCCUUCUGAGAUACCUGGGAAAGAAGUGAAUCUCCUAGAUACAAGCACUGCUCAGAGUGAGCUGGGCUGGCUUCCAGAUCCUCCAGAAACAGGGUGGAGUGAAGUGCAGCAGAUGAUAAAUGGUACCGCAGCCUAUAUGUACCAGGAUUGCAGUGUAUUUUCUGAGGGUGACACUGAUCACUGGCUUCGAACCAACUGGAUUUACCGGGGCGAGGCAGCUUCUCUCAUUUACGUGGAACUAAAGUUCACUGUGCGUGACUGCAAGAGUUUCAAAGGCAAAGCUGUGACCUGCAAAGAGACCUUCAAUCUUUACUACAUGGAGUCAGAGCAGGAUGUUGGCAUUCAGUUCCGUCGCCCACUGUUCACCAAGGUCAACACGGUGGCAGCAGAUCGGAGUUUCACAAACCAGGACAUUGAAUCACGGGCCUUGCAGCUGAACACAGAAGUGUGUCCAAUAGGGAAACUGUCUCAGCGUGGAUUCUACCUAGCUUUCCAGAACUCUGGGGCUUGUGUGGCCCUGGUUUCCACCCGGGUAUAUUACAAAACCUGCCCAGAGUCAGUCCAAGGCCUGGCCCACUUCCCAGAGACAAUAGCAGGCUCAGAAGGGCUGACAGAGGUGUCAGGAGUCUGCGUGGAAAAUGCAGCUGAAGAAGCAGGCCUCCCACCCAGGAUGCACUGCAGUACUGAUGGCAAGUGGCUGGUGCAAAUGAGCCGCUGCCUCUGUGACGUAGGGUUUGAGGAGGCUGAUGAAAGCUGUGUAGCCUGUCAGCGGGGAUUCUAUCGUCACUCUCUGGAGACUGAACGCUGCCUCAAAUGCCCCCCACACAGCUCAUCCAAUGCUUCGGGGGCUACUUCCUGUCCCUGCUAUAUUGGCUUCUUCCGGGCAUCCAAUGAGGGCCAGAAUGUUGCUUGCACCCGCCCUCCCACAGCUCCCCGCAAUAUCAGCUUCUCCUUGAUGGGGACUCAGCUCUCCCUUUGGUGGCAGCCACCCAGCGACCUGGGUGGACGGAAGGAUCUUACUUACAAUGUCUUAUGCCAGCACUGUCAUCUUGUGUGUGAGCCAUGCAACCCUGGUGUGGUCUUUUCUCCCAGCACCUCAGGCCUUACCGAGCCAUCAGUGGAUGUGGACAGCCUAGAGGCUUACACCAACUAUACAUUCACUGUGGAGGCACAUAAUGGUGUCUCAGAGGUUGCUGUCACUUCUCAACGUGCUACUGCUUCCAUCUGGGUCUCUGUUGGGCAUGCAGCACCAGUGACAGUUUCCCAUGUGACCCUUUUGCAGCGUGAUGACAGCAGCCUGUCUUUCUCAUGGCCAGCCCCCAAGCAUAGCAGCAGAAGUUCAGUGGAGUAUGAGGUUGUGUACUUUGAGAAGGGAGAAGAAAAACUCUAUGGAGUUAAACACUUGCAGGAACCCAAUGUGACCCUGACAAACUUACAGCCAGACACAGCCUACCUGCUUCGUGUGCGAUCCAUCACACCCCUUGGUCCUGGUCCCUUCUCCCAGGACAAGGAGUUUCGCACCCUCCCACCUGAUAAUGGGGCUCUUUCCGGUGGUGUGAUAGUUUCUAUAAUCUUUGGAGUUCUGCUGUUCAUGGGGCUGAGUGCAGGACUCUUCAUCUUCUGGAGAAGGCGAGCCGGUCAUCGCCAAGGACGGCCAGACUAUGAUAUCUCAGGGUUUGACCGAGAGAAAAUCUGGUUGAAGCCCUAUGUGGAACUGCAGCCCUAUGAGGACCCCAGCAGGGGGGUUCUGGAGUUCACCAGGGAGCUGGAUGUGUCCUGUGUCACCAUGGAAAAUGUUAUUGGGGAGGGUGAGUUUCAUUCUGCCAGCUCCCCGUUAUUUUGUUCCGCGUCAUCACAUCUUUUCCCCACCUAUGUCUGUUUGCCUACUACCUGUAACCUCUUAUCUCUUGGUUGUGCCACAGGAGAGUUUGGGGAGGUUUUUCUUGGAUCCUUGCACCUCCCAGGGAGAGAAAGCAUAACGGUUGCCAUCAAGACAUUGAAGUCAACAUACUCUGAUUCACAACGGUGGAAUUUUCUGCGAGAGGCAACAAUUAUGGGCCAGUUCAACCACCCAAACAUCGUGCGUCUGGAAGGGGUUGUCACAAAGCGGAGACCAAUGAUGAUCAUUACUGAGUAUAUGGAGAAUGGAGCCCUGGAUGCCUUCCUCCAGCAAAAUGAAGAGAAGUUGAAGCCUGUGCAGCUGAUCAGCAUGCUGCAAGGGAUAGCUUCAGGAAUGACCUAUCUGUCAGACCGCAACUACGUGCACCGAGACUUAGCAGCUCGCAACAUCCUGGUAACUCGCAAUCUCCAGUGUAAGGUGUCUGACUUUGGCCUUUCACAGAUACGGGAAGCUGAUGUGGAGGGAAUAUACAAAACUAAGGGUGGAAAGAUCCCCAUCCGAUGGACAGCACCUGAGGCCAUUGCUCACCAGAUCUUCACAUCAGCCAGUGAUGUGUGGAGUUUCGGCAUUGUCAUGUGGGAGGUUCUCUCAUUUGGUGACAAGCCCUAUGGAGACAUGACAAAUCAGGAGGUCAUGAAGAGCAUAGAGGAUGGGUACCGUCUGCCCCCGCCUGUGGACUGCCCAUCCAUCCUUUAUGAGCUCAUGAAAAGUUGCUGGUUGCAUGAUUGCCUACAGAGGCCCCGCUUCCAGGAGAUCCAAGCACAGCUGGAACACUUUAUCUCUAGCCCCCACUUGCUCCGAUCUGUUGCAGACUUCGACCCCAGGGUGACUCUCCGGUUCCCCAGCUGCAGCGGUUCUGAUGGGAUUCCCUAUCGGUCUAUCCCAGAAUGGCUGGAAUCCAUCCGUAUGAAGCGUUAUAUCAUCAACUUCCGCACUGCAGGCUUGGACACCAUGGAAUCCAUCUUGGACCUCACGGCCGAGGACUUGAAACACAUGGGGAUAUCCCUGCAUGGCCAUCAGAAGAGGAUUCUCUGUAGCAUCCAGGGCUUCAAGGAGUGACCAGACCUCAGGGCCACAAGCUGCUAAUACACCCAAGCAUACUGGGUAUUACUUGGAACCAUUCCCAAUGGUGACUGUUUCCAAGAAGAAAGACUGGUAUGAUCAAAGUGACAAAUAGGCCAGAAUGAACUCACAGGGAAGUCUUGCCUACUUUGCCCUCCCUUCUUCCUUGACUUAUUUUUGUGAGCCUCUGGUCCUAAUGCAGCAUUUUGCAUGGGUGCUGGAGUCAGGAAGAGUCCUCAGCACCAAUCCCCAGCACUGAUGAUAUCUGUAUUGUGUUCUGUGCAGUCCUAACAUACCCUCUGCAGCCCACGCAGCAGUGACUGGUUAUGUUGUUCAUGGAACUUCUUAGGGACACACACACACAAAGGUAUGUCCCUGUUAACCCCCUGUUAAGAGAGAGAGUAUAAUCUGUAGAGGGAACGCAUGAAGAGGCCAGAGCAGAAGAAAUUGGUCCAUGACAAGUACCAGUACCAUUGUUAUCACAUGUUCCAUUUUUCACAAGUCCUUCUAUCUUCUUUAUUCACUAUUAUAACAAAAGCAGAUGCACCAUUGGUCUUGAUCAGGAUCAGAAUUCUUCAUGCACUCAGGGAAGGAGGGCUGCCCAGCUAUCACUAAUACCAAGUAAUGGUAUUCUCUUUCCCCUGCUGUAACUGGUCACUUCCUGCCAAGGAGGGAGGUUGAGGUGCAAGAGGAGGAAGGAAGAGAAGCACCUUGUUGUUACCCAUGUGCUUCACAUAACUUUAUCUGUGAUAUAGACACAUGAUUAAUGCUGAAACAUGGAGCUACGCACCUCUCCUCCUGCUGCCCCAGUGCUGUCCUGGUUACAGAAUCUCUGACCAAAUACCAAUUUCUGCAUUUUUUUUUGCCAAAUGGGAAGAUGGACGGGUUUUUUUUGUUUGUUUUUGUUUGUUUUGCUGCAAUGAGUAAUUUGUCCCAGUAAGAAAAGUGCAGGAGAUAUGUCUCACUCUUCCUCUGUGAAGGAAAUGUGCUUUAAAAAUGUAUAAGAAAUCAUGGAGAAGGAACUGGAUGAAGAGAGAUUAUGGAUUGUAGAUAUUCUUUUGUAAAUAAACUUCUGCAAGAGCAGAA